UGAUGACAACUUUAUUGAACUUUCGCUUUCAUUUCUCCGAAGCCCACCCCAGUGCAGGACAUAUUUAUGAAGCAGGAGGCGUGUUGUUGAUAAUCGCGACACCUCUUACGCAAAGUGACAGGCAAAAUAAUGCAGGCGAUGUAUGCUGUGGUGGCUUGUUUACUCCUGGCUGUGCAAAUAUGUUUUUGUACAAACCCGUGUCCUGAUGGAUAUUAUAUAAAUGUUACCAAAUCAAAUCCGUCAUGUGUUUCAAGUUCAGACAGGAACAUUACAUGCAAAAACUUAAGUGAAGCACUGCAAUUGAUAGCAAAUUUAAGUUUAAAGAAUCCAUGUAUCUUUUUACAGGAUGACCAAAUUUUAAAGCAUCACCACAUUUUGACAAAAGUUGGAAGCAUUCUUCUUGUUGGCUUAGAUCGAAAAAUCAAUGUAACAUGUGAUUUUAUGGGUAGUAAUAUUUCUUCAAAAGAUGUCGGCAUUUCCUGGAUAAACCUGGAUAAUGUUACACUGAAAAACAUAGCUUUCUUGGGGUGUGGAAUAAAGAAUAAUACCACUUAUCCACCAAAUAGAAACACUAUGCACUACAUGGCCACUGGCCUUUACUUGGAAAACAUCACUAAUGUCAUCUUUAAAAAAGUAACUUUGUUCCAGAAUUUAGGAUAUAGUACAAUAAUUAAUAAUGCUCUAGGUAGUAUUAGUUUCCAAACUGUCAUCAUCAAAGAAAAUAAAAUCCCCCACGGGGUUGACAACAAAACAAUAGGUGGUGGUGGUGUCUUUAUUAAAAUCGGUGUUACGUCAGAUAAGGAUCUUCAAUUCACUGACUGUUUAUUUCUCUCAAACCAUGGUGCAGACAUUCCUUACUACAAUGAAAGUGAACCUGUUCCAUUUGGCAAAGGUGGUGGCUUGACAAUAAUGCUAGGGAGCUCUUCUACAAAUGUUAUUUCCUUUAAAAACACAAUAUUUAAAAAUAACAGUGCUGUUUGUGGUGGUGGCUUAUAUUUAAAUCUAAAUAAUAAGGAAAGCAAAGUUUUAUUUGACUCUUGUCAAUUCAGUGAUAAUUUUGCAGUCAAUAUGGGUGGAGGAGUUUUGGUUCUUGCUCCUACUUUGGACCAACGAUCUGGAGUUUAUGUUAACUGCUGCAACUGUUUGUUUCAAAACAACACUGCAAAAAUAGGUGGUGGCUAUGCAUUCAAGGUGCAUUCGGGAAAAUCUGUACGAAAUAAAAAUGGUACUCUGUUUACGGAAUCGAAUUUCACUUUUAACUCUGCAGUUUUAGGUGCUGCAAUGUAUGUAUAUUUAACUCGUUUAAAACUUCAUAAUGUCCAAAUAAAUGAAAAUAAAAGAUAUAAUUCUGAAACAGUAUCUGAAGGCGCUGUAGUAAUGUACAAGUCAUAUUUAGUUUUAUCUGGACAAGAUAAUUUUGUGACAGGUAACAAAAAUACAGCUUUUAUAUUUGAUAGUACUUACUUUUAUGUGAAUGGGACAGUAAAAUUUUUUAAGAAUAAAGGGAAAAAUGGAGGUGCAAUAUCAAUGUAUGGUCACUCAAUUGUCCAGCUGCAGCCUCAUGCAAAUCUUGUAUUUAAAGAAAAUGUAGCUGAAAAGAAAGGAGGAGCUAUGUUUAUUGUUGUACCAGGACCUCCAUUACCAUUUUUAAAUACAAUUAAAUUGAAUCGCUAUGAUUGUUUUUUUAAUGGAUCAUAUGGAAAUGUUACUUUCCAGUCAAAUAAAGCAAACUCCAACGUUGGUAAUACCAUAUAUGCAUCAACAUUACAAAAUUGUCUCAGAGAUGAUUCCGGAUUCGUGGACGUCUUUACAAAUAAAGCAAAAUGGAAAAAUUUUCAUUUUGAAGACGUUAAUGACAUCUUCAAAAUGAAAAAGAACACCAUAGUUUCGACGGCACCCACUGCUAUAGUAUUAGAACCAAAGGAAUGGGAAAAUACCUCUCCUGGACUUUAUGAAAAACGGGCUAUAACCCUAAUGGAUGAAAGGGGAACAGAAGUCAGUGAUGCGGUGGAUAUAAAUAUUUAUCGUCACGGCAGUUUAAGAAGAAAUGUAGUUGAAAUUGCUGGUGGUUACAAAGAGUUUAUGGUUACUAACAACAAAAUAGAAUUAGCUCUUAUGGGAAAGAUAAAUGAGAAAUUUAACCUGACCAUUAUAAAUCCAGACAGUGGAGCAUUAUCGGUGACUUUAAUCAACUUAACAUUAGGAUCUUGUCCCUUUGGUUUUAAGUAUGACAAGACACAGAGAAUUUGUGAUUGCAAUCAAAAAAAGCCAUACCAUAAUGGAAUAGCUCAGUGCUUGGGUGGUAAAAUCUAUUUGUUUAAAAAUAGGUGGGCCAAACCGUUUCAAAGAAACAAAGAUAGCGAAACAUCUCAAGUGUGCCCUGAAAACUAUUGUGCGGAAUGUAAAAGUGAAAUUGCUAUUAUUGAAUGUUUAUAUCAGCCAAACAACCAGUGUGUGGAGCACAGAAAUCAAACUUCCUAUCUCUGCAGUAAAUGUUCAAGCCCGAAAUCUUCUGUUUUACUAAGCAAAGGAAUAUGUGAAAAUUGUUCUGGUACUUAUAACUGGAUUUUAAUGUCAUUUAUACAUUUUCUUGCAUGUUUUCUUGCAACCUUGGGGAUUGUUUACUUAAAUAGGAAAACAUACGCAAGUUAUUUAAUUCCAGUUAUAUAUUCUUAUCAAAUGAUGGAUCUUAUUUUACCAUCUGGUGUUAACACUGAUUUUUUUAUACUUUUCAUUGUUGUUAUAGUCAGUGGAUCUACUGAUCAUAGCAUGUAUGAGGUCUGUUUUUAUGAUGGCCUUAAUGAUUUAACCAAAUUUUGGGUGAGAUAUUGUUCACCAUUUUCAUGGAUGCUUUCCUGGAUGAUUUGGUUAGGCAUUUCAAACAUUGAGUGUGCCCGUCGCUAUAUAAAUCGUGACUCUUGUUUUAAAGCAAUUAACACAUUGCUGGUGAUAUGUUGCUGUGACUUCUUCAAAUUUUCCUUUUCGGUAAUGAAGUCAGUUGUUAUUGAUGAUGAGCUGCGUGUAUAUUUUUAUGCUGAAGCCAAGUAUGGAAGUGCAGAGCAUUUACCCUUGUUGAUAUGUGCUGCAAUAUCUUUAACUGCAAUUGCUGUUUGCCUUGUUAUCAUAUUGGUGUCAACAUGUAGACGCUCUAAGGAGACACACUUUGAUUCACUUCCUUGCUGCCUGUGGAUGAAACCAGUUUUGGACUCAUUUCGAUAUGGGUUUCGUAAUGACGCACAAUCAAUAUUUAAAGACAGAACUUGGUUUGCACCAUUUUAUAUAUUGUGUAGCUGCAUCCUGAUAUCUAUUAGCAUUUUGAAUGACCAUUUCGAUAAACACACAUGGCAAGGAAUAGUUUGCUUAAUAUUUAUGGCCCUAUUUAUUGCUGCAUGGCCAUAUCAGGAGGAUUACAUGAACUAUUUUGACGUUGUAAUGUUGACUAAUUUAGCAGUUUUAGCUGUUGUCGUUGAUGGUUCCAAGAUCACUGACUAUCAAUUGGCUGUAGACAUAAUUCUGUACAUUCCCUUGGUUGGCUUGUUAAUUAGACUGUUCUACCAUAUUGUCACUGUGCAUGGUCUUCUUCAAUAUUGCCCUCGAAUAUUCAGAGAUCCAAGAGGCCAUGCUGUUCCCAUACCUGAAGUGCUCAUAAACGAUGACAGGGAAAAUUAGAUGUCCGCUGUCAAAUUUUAAAGAAGAUAAAUUUGACAAAGACUGGGAAAUCUCUGAUCAGGUUUUUAUUUAACAUAUAGUUGUAAAUUUGAGCUUGGUUUGGCAUAAAAUUCCAUGCAAUUUUUUUUAUUGUAAUUUUUUACACUUUUUAAAAUGUCUUGAGCAGAUUUUUUUUAUAUAAAAUUCAACUUUAAUAAUUUUAUAAUAUUUUAAUUUGCUUUUAUGAUCUUAAGUUCUGAAGAAAACAUCAAUUGUAUGCAGGUUCUGUACAUUUUUUGCUUUUUUUGAUGUGAUUUUGCUCUUUUUUAUGUAAUUUUGUAAUUGUUAAAGUUGGAGCAGGUUGUCUGCCAGACCUUAGAAACCGUAAAAUCAAUUUAGGUAACCUUGAAUACUUUGAAAACCAAUCAUUCCUUGAAGAAAAUCAAUGAAAUGUAAAUAUAUAUUUAAAAAGUCAUUUUUGUCGAAUUAUAAAACUUUGUCUAGUAGUAAGAUGCUGCGUUUAAGCUUUUUGAAAUAGUUGACUUUCAAAUUUAAAAUGUUCAGCACUUGUUGUUUUGUGGGACAAUUUUUACAUUGUCUGUGUUCUUUAAAGCCUUAAAAUGUCGCAAAAGUUAUAAUAAAAAACACCUGAUAUUGGUGAAAAAACCUUUAAAUUGUUAACAAAAAUUGGCAGACACUUGUAGAAGAUUAGUAACUACAGGGUCACUAUUUGUAAUAUCUUUUUGGGGACUAAUUUUUGCUCACACAAAAGUUCAAUAGUGCGUGAUAUUUACUACAGAGAUUAUAUGCAAAACCUUUUGUGUCAAAUUUAAGUAUGCACGAAAAUAUACUUUUUUUCAAAAACAAAAGGAACGCUGGAAAUUUACCUUUUUCUCCUUGUUAUUUGUAGGGAAGUAGGAUCUAUUGGUAGAUGUGGGCAAAUAGGUAUUUCUUCUCCUAACUUUCCAAAUAUGUUUUUAAGGUAUAUAUGUAGGUAUAUAUACUUUUUGUCAUAAGAUUAUCCUUAUAGAAAAAUUUUCAUAAUUUUUUUUCUUUUAAAAGAUUUAAUCUGUUGACUUUUUAUGUGGCAGUAAUUUUGCAUACAUUCGUUUUUUGUCUCUUUUUUCCAUUAGAAUCUGAAUUGAAACAGUUUUUUUCAAACUUACCCCCAACAAAGUUUUUUUUUAAUGUCACCGCCAUUUUCUAGUGUAGGCUUCAAAAGCUACAGUCAAAAUUUUGUUACACUUUUUUAAGAAAAAUAAGUGGAUUUUUACUAAAUUUUGUUUGCAAUUUUAAAAAUUUAACCAAGCUGUAUUUUAGUAUUAUAGAAACGUAUAAAUCUUUGUUAACCAGAGUUAGAUGAUGCACAGGUUGUAUUGAAAUUUUUUUUUGUUAUUCUUAUGAAUUCUUAAUUCUAGCCUAGAAUUGCAGUUUUUUAUCAAAUGCAUAAACAAUACUUAGUCUUGGUGGAAAAAUUAUUGUUUUUUAUAUUUUAAACUUAUAUAAAAGUAUAUCUGUAAUAGCACUUUAUCAAUUUACGGUGGAAAUCUCUGUUGAAUUAAUUAAUUAAUUAAUUAAUUAAUUAAUUAAUUAAUUAAUUAAUUAAUUAAUUAAUUAAUCAAUUAAUUAAUUAAUUAAUUAAUCAAUUAAUCAAUUAAUCAAUUAAUCAAUUAAUUAAUUAAUUGAUAAUUUUUAAUAAUAUACUGGCAAUUCUAGCCUAGAAUUGCAGUUUUUUUUAUAUAAUGCAUGAAAAUUCUUAAUCUUGGUGGAAAAAAAACUUUUUAAUUAAUUAAUUAAUUUAAUUUUUAAUAAUAUACUGGCAAUCCCUCCUAAGAAUACCCAUAAAAACAACGCUACCCGAUCUUUGCCUGCUUUACAUCAACAUUGAGGUAGAGUACGGGAGCCAUCAUAAAACUGAAACACAAUGUAUUAUUGCAGUCUGAAUAAUCUUUAUGAGGGAUGGUAGAUGAGAGGUGAUAGGUACAAAAAAGUAAAAACAAAUAUAUAAGUACACUUAAAUUGUUUUCAUAAGUUACUUUAAAGUCCAGAGUAGCUACGUCGUCUAAGAUCCUGUAAAGUCCUUUAUUUUGAAAAAGCUCUUUUAGUGUCAUUGGGAAUCAAAAUUAGGCAAAAUGUUCCAAAAAUCUUUUAAAAAACUCUUGGCUUCAAGUACAAAUUUUGUUGAAUCCCCCUGCCAUAGUUGUGACCUUAAACAGAUCUUACAUAUGCUCCUGCUUAUUAUAAACUUAACCAGUUAUCAUCUUUUUAUCAACAAAAGUUUCCGAAUUUUUGACAAAAUUCCUCUAAAACGAUGGGGAAAAUUCUUUUAUUAUCCUCAAAAAUCUUUGAAUUUUAAAGAGAAAGCUUUGUGGCCACCCUGUCCUUUAUUGGCGUAAAAUCAUCUGCAUGUUGAUUCUUUAGGCUAUGAGUUUUUUUUUUUCUAGAUAUUUAAUGUUUUAUUAUCAACUUUAAAGGUAAAAUCAAUAUUUUUGUAUUGGGAUAAUUUCGGUAUCAAAUUUGAUAUAAGAAUUUUACUUCUUAUAAAUGUAAAAGUGUUUUUAGAAGUUUAAGUAAAUAUUUUUUAAAUGGCAACAGACAAUUGAUAUAGA